UCGCAACGAGAGCACAAACGGAAGUAAAUACUCUAAGACGAGGCAGCCUCUAAAACGUGGAUGCUGCUCGAUUUUAAUAAAAUAAAAUCAGUCUCUAAUUUCAAAGUUAGUUAUUUUAAUGUGGAUAAAUAGCAUUCGCGAUCCAGGCAUUUCGAUAUUAAAUACAAGGUUGGGGGAAUCGCAUCGUGCGUAUUUUGGCCUGGAAAGACUAAUGCUAAGCUAACGCGUUCUCGCGGCUAACGGCACUUUUAGUAUCGGCGCGGUGCGCAGCAGCAGAACGCCAAAUCCGAGGCGAAAAGUUUUGCUGGUUCGUGACGGUUUUUCGUUGAUUUUGAGACGUAGCAUCGACUCAGCUAGCCUCGACUUUGGCCGUGGUGCAGGAGGUUGGGCUGAGUUUAAGAUGAUCAUUGAAAACCUCGAAGCUUUGAAAACAUGGCUGUAUGAAACCCUCGAGCCCAUAUGUGAUGCUGACCCUUCUGCCCUCGCCAAGUAUGUUGUUGCUCUGGUGAAGAAGGACAAAAGCGAAAAGGAACUGAAAGCCCUUUGUAUUGACCAGCUGGAUGUCUUUCUCCAAAAAGAUACCCAGCCGUUUGUGGAUAGGCUGUUCGAAGCCAUUAACAACAAAAGUUACCUCCCGCAGCCGGAGCAACCAGUGGUCAAAGCUGAGAAAGAGGAGCAAAAGAACGAUGAGGUUCAGCCAAAUCGAGAAGAAGAACGGGACAAAAAGUUUUCUCGGCGAGUGACUCACAGCCCUCCACCUUCGACCUCUCGCUACAGUAGAGACAGCAGAAGAGGAGAUGACCGUAAAAGAGACGACCGCUCGAGGAAGAGAGACUACGACCGCCUCCCACCAAGGAGGGACUCGUACCGCGACCGCUACAAUCGCCGAAGAGGCCGAAGCUACAGCCACAGCCGCAGUCGCAGCCGAAGCUGGAGCAAAGAGCGUCUCCGAGACCGCGACAGAGAGAGGGACAGGGAUCGCAGCAGGAGCCGGUCUCUCAGCAGAACUCGGUCCAGAACCAGGAGUCGAGAUCGCGAUUCAGGAAAGCCGAAGUAUGAUCACAACCGGGCCGACAGGUUGGAGAGCGGUGAUGUCUACGCACCAACGGCUCUCGUUUCCUCUGCGGCCACCUCGCACUUCCCAGUGCCGACGCUCAGCAGCACCAUUACUGUCAUUGCUCCCACCCAUCAUCACAGCAGCAACACCAACGAGAGCUGGUCGGACUUCCACCCGGAGCCCCUCGUGGACCGGGUCCUUUUCAACCGGGUGCCGCCCCCUCAACCCAGGAAGAGAUGCCGUGACUACGAUGAGAAGGGUUUCUGCAUGCGAGGGGACAUGUGUCCUUUCGACCACGGGAGUGAUCCGGUCGUAGUGGAGGACGUCAACCUGCCCAGCAUCUUGCCCUUCCAACCUCCACCGAUCCCAGUCGUGGACCAGCAGCCGCCUCCAGGACUUCCCCCUCCUCCGCCUCUCCUGAACCCCCCUCCUGUGAACCUUCGGCCCCCUGUGCCCCCUCCAGGUGUCCUCCCACCUAGUCUUCCACCUGUUGCAGGCCCUCCUCCUCUUCCUCCGCUGCAGCCCACCGGCAUGGAUGCUCCUCCCAACUCCAUCCCCAGCUCCGUUCCCACCAUCGUCACCUCCGGGAUUCGCUCGUCGCUUCCUCAGGCCUCGGUGCCGCUCUUCCCCCCCGGACACUACGACUCAGAUGUGUACAACCCGGAGGCUCCCAGCAUCACUAACACAGCCAGGCCCAUUUACCGCCACCGGGUCAACGCCCAGAGACCCAACCUGAUCGGCCUCACCAUGGGGGAGGUGGACCAGCCACCGAGAGACAAGAUUCCCAACAACAGCAUGAGGAUCGUCAUGGAGUCCGAACCCAGGAAGAGGCCCACCGCCCCCCACGACGUCGGCCUGCCACUUAAGAAGCCCUGGUUUCACAAACCCAGCUUCAACCAGACCAACCAUCAGGGCUUCCACAGGAGAACCCAGUUCUCCCCCAACGCAAAGCUGCUGGUUCGGCAGAUUCCCCCCGAGCUCAACAACAUCAGCAAACUCAACGAGCAUUUCAGCAAGUUCGGCACCAUCGUCAACCUGCAGGUGGCUUAUCAAAACAACCCGGAGGGAGCGUUGAUCCAGUUUGCAUCUCCUGAGGAGGCUAAGCGGGCCGUGCAGAGCACAGAAUCUGUUCUGAACAACCGCUUCAUCGAGGUCCACUGGUUCCGUGACAACAGGAGUGAUGGACCGGGUCAGUCCCGUCAGCCACAGCAGCAGCCUCAGCCGACUCCGCCUUCAGACACAUCUCUGAAGCAGUCUGUGAAGGACCGCCUCGGACCCCUGAUGCCCGCCAACCCUGAACCCCCCCAGGAUUCCAGCAGAGCCUCUCAGAACUCCUCAAAGGUGUCGGUGAAAGACCGUUUAGGUUUCUCUGCCAAACCUGCAGCUUCUGCUGAAACGUCGCAGGUGUUCUCCACAUCCACGGGCCUCACGAAGACCGUCUACAAUCCCGCUGCUCUGAAGUCGACCCAGAGGAGCCCAGAGGACGCCUUGAAGAAGAAACAGGAAGCCCUGAAACUUCAGCAGGACGUGAGGAGGAAGAAGCAGGAAAUAUUGGAGAAGCACAUUGAGACGCAGAAGCUCCUGAUCUCCAAGCUGGAGAAGAACAAGACCAUGAAGGCCGAGGAUAAAGCCAAGAUCAUGGAGACUUUGAGCGCGCUGACCAAGAGCAUCACCAAACUGCAGGAGGAGAUAAAGGGGCUCUCAAGCUGCAGCAACCUGCUACGAACGGCCAAGAGCAAGGCCCAGGCACAGAAGGAUCUGCUGGAUGCAGAGCUGGACCUGUAUCAGAAGACCCAGGCCGGAGAGGACACCGCUUUGCUGAAGAUCAAGUACACCAAGCUCCAGAUCGAGGCAGCUAAACGGGGACUCCUUUCACCGGGACGAGGCCGGGGACUCCACGGUCGAGGCCGCGGUGCACUCCGGACCCGGGGAAGGGGGUCCAGGGGUCGGGGGCGAGGUGUGCCACUGCACGUGGUCGUAGACCACCGACCUCGGGCGCUGGAGAUCACCGGCUUCAGCGACGCUGACUGUGUAGACCUGCUUCCACACUUUGCUCAAUUUGGAGAGAUUGAAGACUGCCAGAUGGAUGAAAGCAGCCUGACGGCGGUCGUCUCGUACAGGACGAGAGCCGAGGCCGAACUGGCGGCGCUGCACGGCUGCAGGUUAAACAACCAGACUUUACGCCUGGCCUGGCACAAACCCGCUCCCACCGUCAGGAAGACGGACCCCGAGGAGGAGGAGCCGCUGGAGGAGGAGUACCCGGAGGAGUCUCUGAGCGACGACGCCCUGCUGCAGGAUGAUGACGAGGAAGACGACGACAACGAGCCUCGCCCCUGGCGCAGAUGAAGCCGGCCGGGCGCUCUCUGCUGGUUACACCGGUGUGGACGUCGAGCAGCCAUCCUGCACCUCUACCCGGAGCUCGUUUAUGAAUAAACGAGGCACAUUUUGCUUUGGCUUUAGACUUUUGUUUUCUCUCUCUCUUCGUCUAACACGUGUAACACGCAGAAGGACUUUAGUUUCAUUUUAAAUUGUAAACCAGAUGCAAGAGUGCUGAACUUUUUAAUGCUCUUAACGUAGAAUUUAGUUUUUGUUGUCCUCAGAAUGCAAACCGUUUGUAUGAAGAUGUAAAAGUUGAUCACUCACAGAUUUUGUUUGACUCGGUUUAAAAAAAACACAAACUGUUGUUAUUAAAUUGUACAAAAAAAAUAAAGAAUUGAAAUGGUCUGAAAACAUCCUGCCAAAAACAAACCAAAAAAAGGUGCAAAAUUAAAAAAAGAUGGUGGCAGUAAAAAAAAAAAAA